GGAAGGGGAGGAGGAGGGGGGGGGGGCAGAGAAGCUAGCUAGAUCCUCCCGAUUAUAGGAGCGCGAGCGCGUUCAUGUUGCACGCGGCGGGAUUUACUUCGUGAUUAUAAAAAAAAAAAAAAGUCCGCGUUUCCGGAGAGAGGAAAACCGCCGCGAGGAGGGCACUUUGUCUUUCUUCAUAACGGGAACAACGGAGCCGGUUUUCGGGGGGGGGGGAAAGAAAUCCGAGCCCCCCCCGCUCCCUCCCCGCGCGCGAGUGAGUCCACGUUAGCUGGCCUAGCCCGGACUCCCAAAAAGAAAACACACCAGAAUGGGGUCUAGGUCCACCCGGAUUAGCCUGCUAGUGGAGUGACCUUUGAUUCCGUUCCCCCGAUGGCACAUUUCACGAGCUACCAGGAGGGUAAAGCGGUGGUGCUGAUGGUGGAGACGCAGCAGAGGGACGCGGGGACGAAAGCUGCGGCCGCGAACGGAGACUGCUCCGUCGGGGAACCCCCUUCUCCGGUAAUUAAUAGCGGCGGAGGAGAAGGAGGAGGAGGAGGAGGCGGCGGCGUCGGCGCUCGCUUCCAUCAACUACCGCCCUGCAACCACCUCCACCAUCACCUCCUCCACCACCCGCCGAAGGAUCAACCGCAUCACUACCAGCUGGCUCCGCAGCAGCAGCAUCUCUCCGGGGAGAGCGUCGCAGAGUCCCCGGGAAGGAGAGCCUCCCCCUCGCCGCUCAGCCAGGUACAGCCCGCCGAGGACGCCGCCGCUUCCUCCGCCGCCGCUAGCGGCAGCAGCAGCAGCGGCGGCGGCCAUGUCUACGCCGCCGUUAACGUCGCGAGCGCGUCAGACGCCGUGGACGAUAUUCGCAAAUGUGGCUACUUGAGGAAGCAAAAACACGGACACAAGAGGUUCUUCGUGCUCCGGGCCGCGAGCCACCUCGGGCCGAGCCGCCUGGAGUACUACGACAGCGAAAAGAAAUUCAGGAGCAGCCUGCGCUCCGCCGCCGCCGCUGCGGCAGCGAACGCGAGCGGUGGCGGCGGAGCGGCCGCCGCUUCGCCCCCGAAAAGGGUUAUUUACCUCUACCAGUGCUUCACGGUGAACAAAAGGGCGGAUUCCAAAAACAAACACCUCAUCGCCCUCUACACCAAGGACGAGUACUUCGCCAUCGUGGCCGAGAACGAGCAGGAGCAAGAGGACUGGUACGUGGCCGUGAGCGAGUUGAUGAGUGAGGGCAAGAAAGGGCACGUGGAUUCAGAUGAUCUGGACGAUGGGUACGGGACGGUCACACCUGGCACGGUGUUUAAAGAGGUGUGGCAGGUGAACGUGAAACCUAAAGGACUGGGACAAACUAAAAACCUCACGGGUGUGUACCGGCUCUGCCUCUCGACUAAAACCGUCCACCUGGUGAAGCUGAACUCCGAAACGCCGUGUGUCAACCUGCAGCUGAUGAACAUCAGGCGUUGUGGACAUUCGGAGAGCUUCUUCUUCAUCGAGGUGGGGCGCUCCUCCUCCAUCGGGCCCGGUGAGAUCUGGAUGCAGGUGGACGACUCCGUCGUGGCGCAGAACAUGCACGAGACCAUCCUGGAGACGAUGAAAUCCCUAAAGGCCUUCGCCGAGUUCCGGCCGCGGAGCAAGAGCCAGUCGUCCGGCUCCAACCCGAUGCCGUUCAUCACGACGCGGCGCCACCUGGGCAACCUGCCGCCGAGCCAGACGGGGCUGCAGCGCCGGUCGAGGACUGAGUCGGUCGUCGGCACGCCGCCGUCGAGCAAGAGCUCCGGGGCCAGUGGUUACCGCUUCCGGACGUCCAGCGAGGGCGAGGGGACGAUGAACCGGCCGUUCCGCUCCGCCACAGGAAGUCUGGUGCACCUCAACUCGACGCGGGCGCAUCACGGGCGCCAGGAAGGGGGCGUCGGCAGCAGCAGCGGCGGUGGAGGCGUUGCAACAGGUAAUGCCGGCACGAGCACAGGCAGCAGCCGCUACGUCAGAGCCAUCCAAGGGGCGGCGUCCAACUACCACGCCCGCUCCGCCUCGCUGCCGGUGUCCCACUUCCCCUCCACCACCAGCCCGGUGAGCGUCUCCUCCAGCAGCGGCCACGGCUCCGUCUCCGACACGCUCACCCGCCCGUCGAGCGCCUCGAUAUGCGGCUCCCCGUCCGACGGCGGCUUCAACUCCUCGGACGAGUACGGCUCCAGCCCCGGCGACUUCCGGUACUUCCGGGUGCGGAGCAACACGCCGGACUCCCUCGGCAACACCCCGCCAAUUAGAGAGGAGAACUGUCUGAACGACUACAUGGCCAUGAGCUGGAACCGGGAGGUCUUCGGCAGCGGGGGCGACACGCCGCGGGACGAGAGCACGUCGACGGCAGACGACGAGCGCCUUUCUUCAUCGUCGUCGUCGUCGCUGAGGAGGAGGACGCACUCCUUCUCCAGGCCGCCCGGCGGUGCGACCGGUGGCGCCGGGGUCGCGGUUUACCAGAAAAUGACCCAGACGAACUUCUCGUUGGACGAGGGGUCGGAUGCCGCGUUGCCAUUCGGCGGCGGGCUGCUCCGCGGCGGGCCGUCUUCCUCCUCGUCCUCGCUCCGCUCCGACUACAGCUCCUGCUCCGAGCACAGCCAGCAGAGCCGGCCCUCCACGCUCUCCGGGACUGAGGCUGCCAGCGGCGAGCGCCCGCCGCUCUCCUCCUCCUCCGCCGCCAAGGAGGACAGCGGCUACAUGCCUAUGUUGUGUGGCGUGGCUGCGUCGGCGCGGGACACACAUCCCGACUACAUGCCUAUGCAACCCAGCUCUUACACCCACCCCAUCUCCCAUUCCCCUCAGUUUCACAGUCCAGCAUUAGGCCCCCGUUCAGCCCACCACCAACAACAACAACAACCCCCCCAGCUCCAAUGCUCCACAGACUCCCACGGCUACAUGAUGAUGCUCCCAGGGGGCGGUGGCGGCAGCUCUCCCAUCUCAGGCCAGGCCUCCCCCGGCCCUCACUGCAGCUCUGGCACGACAGGUGCCGGUGCGAGUGACAGCAUAGCAGAGCGACCUGAGAACGGGGAAUAUAUGGACAUGUCGUAUUGCGGCGGCGGGGGGGGGUGCAAACUCUCAAAUGAAGGGACCGGUGGGUAUUACACACCCGGCACCCCCGAGGGCACCCCAAAGUCAUACAGCCCUUAUUUCUCCCUACCUCGCUCCUACAAAGCUCCCACCAGAGACGAGAAAGAGUACGGGGAGUACGUUCCCAUGAGUUCUCCCUCUAAGCCAGUCUAUUCAUCUGUCGCCACGACCAGUAUGUUAACGCCGGAGAAGAAGGGCGGAGGAGGGAGCAGCCCCUCCACCCCCUCGCACCCACCCCCGCCUUACGGGGCUCACCAUACGACCGCGGCGAUAACUGACCGACGCGUGGCGAGGCCCAACCGCCUCCCUUUAGGCAGGAGGAGUUUCCACGGCCCGCUGCGGGUCAGUGAGCCUUCCGCGGCGUCAGCCAGCAGCUCCACCUCGGUCUCUGCCGCCGUCGGCCCGUCUGAAAGGCCCUCCAGCCCCGGGGAGUAUAUUAACAUCGAGUUCGGGGAUCACUACCCCCACCAACAACAGCCCCCUGCUUAUCCCCUCUCUGCCCAAGACGAAGCGCCUUCCCUGGGAUCUCAUGACCACAGUCGCUCCCCUCACCAGGACUAUAUGAGCGUGGAGGUGGCGGCGGACCAGCAGGACGGCGCCAGCCGUCUGGGUAAAAACCAGUCGCCCAGACCCAGCCUCGUCGCCCCCUGGAACCCGCCCAGCUACAUCCGACCCCUGGCUAGCAACCCCGGGGUGCAGGCCACCCCCGGGGCCUCUGCCGGAGGUCACUGGAGGUCAAUGGGGGACGACUACACGGACAUGACGUUCAACCCCGGCAGAGGGGAGAGGACGCAAACCAGCCCCACGGCCAUGCUGCAGCACCUCUGCGUGAUAGAGGGGCGUUACGGCAACCCUCCCCCCACCUCCAUUUCUCCCCCCCUCCCUCCAUCGAGCCCAGGAAGGGCGCCGACGCAACAGCUGGAACCCAAGGUGGUUCGCGCCGACCCCCAAGGCAGGAGGAGGCACAGCUCGGAGACGUUCUCCUCCACGUCCUCCUCUAAUUCAACCCCCUCUGGAGGAGGACCCGCUCCCGCCUCCUCAUCCACCCACCCGCCGCUAGCCAACUCCGCGGCCCCCAACGGCUCGUACCUAACGGAGGGUCAGGCUUCCAGGUGGGCCAGCUCGGCGUCGUUUGACAGCGUGUGGGUGUCCAUGGAGGGUCUGGGGGUCUUGCCGGCUCCCCAUGCCCCAGUCAGAGCCAUGGAAAUGGGCAUAGCCGGCGUUUCCUCCUCGGGGGCCGGAGCCGGCAGAAUGUGUAGGAACAUGUCCGUGGGCUACCAGAACGGGCUGAACUACAUCGCCCUGGAGCUGAGGGACGACGGGAGCAACGUGGGCGACGUGACGCCGGGGGCCGGCGGCAGCAACGGGAGCACGGCGGCAACGAUGGCGACGGCGGCGGCGGCCCUGCCGGAGAACGGAGCCUACGCCAGUAUAGACUUCACCAAAUCUGACCGCGUCACCACGACACCCAAGGACUGAGCGACGGGACGUUAGAGGUUCCCCUCCUCCUCCUCCUCCUCCUCCUCAUCUCUCUGACCUCUGACCUCUGGAUGCAGAAAACAAGAUGACAAACAGAUUUUGUGUCAUCUUUUUAAUUUUUUUUGGUCUUUUUUUUUUUUUUUUAUAUAUAUGCAUAUUCUUGUCUUUGUUGUUGUUUUUGUUGUUUUUUUUAAAAUCACAAUGGAUGCUGCCAGUGUGCACGCUGCUCUUUCCAACAGACAUCGGCCAGUGGGCUCUGGUUGGGGGGGGGGGGCGGGGUCUCAUCAUCAUCAUCAUCAGGUGGUUCUUCUUCUCCAUACGGUAUUAAAAAGGGAGGCUGGAUAUUAAGCAACGGCAUUAUGGUACAAACUUGGAAAAAAAAUGUUUGCGUUGAAUUUAAAAUAUUAAUUUGUAUCUUUUUAUUAUUUUUUACCACCCCUCUUGCGUAAUCCUUCCCGCAACACGGUACAUUUAAUACACAAACUCGUAGUAUAAAAUAUAUAUAUAUUUUUUACAUUAUUUUUGCCGCUUCAUCAAAAUCGCAUUCUGUAGCAACUCGUUGUUAUUUAUUCGUUGCAAUCGGUACAAAUACAUUUCUGUUGCUCUGCGAAUAACGGUUGUGUUUCUAAAUUAUGGGAUGGUUCGGGCUCGAGCUACGAGCGGUCUGGCAUCGAUGACCUCGUCCAGCACCAACAGCGAACUGGCCCUUUAAAUAAUAAUAAUUAGAGGAGGAGGAGGAGGAGUUCGGUCGACUCCUGUUCUCUUUUCAGUUUUACCUCACGAGGUCCGUCGCACAUUUCAGGUUAGCGAGGGAGCGACACACACACACACGCACACACACACACACACACACACACACGCUGUGAAAGCUUCAACAAAAAGCACAAAGUACAGACAUUGACUGGGAUGCAAACACUAAGACUGACGCAGACGCACACAUGAAGUCUCUGCAAGUGAAACACACCCACACACACACACACUUACGCACACACACGCGCGCGUACGUAUUGAGAGACAUGUCGCGGGCACACGGCCCUUAUACAGUCGGUCACGCAGCCCUAUUUAAGCGAUGGUAACUCCAAUGGGCUCUUUGUCAGCGGCUCUUGAUGACACACACACACACAUAUAUGUAUGCUACAGUUUUCGUCAGCGGCUCUUGAUGACGCACACACACACACACACACACAUAUAUGCAUGCUACAGUUUUCGUCAGUGGCUCCGGGUGACGUAAAGAGGAUUUUCAGUAACCUGAGCUGAUGCCCGUGUUUAAAGAAACAAAGACCGACGGCUAACGCAUUUAUUUUCUUUUUUAUUAUUUACUCAUCUGCAUCCCAUUUUUCUUCCUCCUUUUUUUUUUUUUUGUACUUCCACGUUAUUAUUUUUAAUUACUUGGACGGAUGAAUGCCUGUCUUUAUUUUAUAAAACUAUUUUUAAAGGGCCCGGCAGAGCGGAGGGAUCUUUAGAUCAUUCUCAAAGAUCCAGUUUUCGUUGUGACCUCUCCAGACUCUGAAGCUGCAGUAUUUUUUUUAUUUUUUUUUAUGUAGUAUUAUUAUUAUUAUUAAAUGACCUCAAGAUUCAUAACUUGCACGUUCAGCUUUAAUAGCUUUUUAUCAUUUUUUGCUUCAACGGUGUCCUGAAAGAUAUUUUUAUUUGGUGUGACCCAAGCCAAAAAAAA